AUGAGGUGUCUGGUCACGGGCGGCAACGUGAAGGUGCUCGGCAAGGCCGUCCAUUCCCUGUCCCGCAUCGGGGACGAGCUCUACCUGGAGCCCCUGGAAGACGGGCUCUCUCUCCGGACCGUGAACUCCUCUCGCUCGGCCUACGCCUGCUUCCUCUUUGCCCCGCUCUUCUUCCAGCAGUACCAGGCGGCCGCCCCUGGUCAGGAAGCCCUGCGCUGUAAGAUCUUGAUGAAGUCGUUCCUGGCUGUCUUCCGCUCACUGGCGACGGUGGAGAGGAGCGUGGAGAAAUGCUGCAUCUCACUGGGUGGCAGGAGCAGCCGCCUGGUGGUCCAGUUGCACUGCAGAUACGGGGUGAGGAAGACUCACAACCUGUCCUUCCAGGACUGCGAGUCCCUGCAGGCCGUCUUCGACCCAGCCUUGUGCUCGAAUGUGCUCCGUGCCCCAGCACGGGUCCUGGGGGAGGCUGUUCUGCCCUUCCCCCCUGCGCUGGCAGAAGUGACACUGGGCAUUGGCUGUGGCCGCAGGGUCAUCCUGCGCAGCUACCAGGAGGAGGAGGAGGCAGACAGCACCGUCAAAGCCAUGGUGACCGAGAUGAGCAUUGGGGAGGAGGAUUUCCAGCAGUUGCAGGCCCAGGAAGGGGUGGCCAUCACUUUCUGCCUCAAGGAAUUCCGGGGACUCCUGAGCUUUGCGGAAUCCGCAAACUUGUCUCUCAGCGUUCACUUCGAUGCACCAGGCAGGCCAGCCAUCUUUGCCGUCAAGGACUCUCUGCUGGAUGGACACUUUGUCCUGGCCACGCUGUCAGAGUCGGACCUGCACUCCCCAGCCCCGCGCUCCCCAGAGCUUCGCAGGCUGGCGCCUCCGCUCCAGGCUCACAGCACACCCCACCUGGAUGACUUUGCCAAUGAUGACAUUGACUCUUACAUGAUCGCCAUGGAAACCACUGUGGACAGCGAGGGCUCCCGGGCAGUACCUUCCACCUCCCUUUCUCCCGGCCUCCGGCCCCCCUGUAGCCCUGGCCCCUACUCAGAGGACAACGGAGCUGAGGCCAGUACACAGCCUGGGACUCCCCCACCCAAGAAGUUCCGCUCACUGUUCUUUGGCUCCAUCCUCGCCCCUGCACACUCCCCUCCGGGCCCCAGCCCUGUGCUGGCGGAAGAUAGUGAGGGUGAAGGCUGAACUGAGAACGAGCCUGUGUCCAGAGGCUCUGGACUAGAUGAAGCCACAGCCUCCCCCUUCCCCCAGGGGCAGCCCAGGGAUAGGGCUGAUCUCCACCCUGCUGGGUGGUCAAGGUGGGCUGUGCUGGAGCUGAGCGCUGGUCCUGCUGCCACCCCAGGUCCCUCGUGGCUAUCUGUGACUAGCCUGGGUCCUGUGUUCUCCCAUCACCUCCCAACCAAUCCUGUCUGUCCCCAGGCUUGGCAAUGAGCCACCACCUGAUGGGAGGUCCCUCACCCAUUACUCCCCUCCCAGUAGGCCUUCAGGCCAGACUCCAACCACGUGGCUAGGGCUAGACACCUGCCUUCCCCAAGCGUACCUCCCUAAGACAGAAAUCACAGAGGGGCUGUUGGCCCCUGCUGGUCUACCUCCUUUGCCAAUCAUGACCUGUCCCUCCCCCAAAUCCUGGGCACACCUCUGGGAUUCCUUGUGGCCAGCAAACUUUUUUCUUGCUUUCUCUAUGCUGUCUGGCCCUGGCUUGGGAUUCUAAGCUCCUGUGUACCUGAGCCUGUGGCUGGGAUUACCCUGGCUGGGGCCCCAUGCCCAGCAAGCCUGUCCUCCCAAGUGGCCCUGGACAGAAGGGCUGCCAGGCCCAGUAUUUGGGACAAGGGAGACAAGAGGCCCUGGCGAGAAUCCAGCUUUGACCUUUAUUCAAGAGACCAGAUGGGUUGCCCCAGGAUCUGUCUGCCAGCCCUGAGGCCAAGCAAGGCUGGAAACCCACAUCUGGCCCUGCUUUGCCCUGAGCUGCAGCCUUGGCCCCAGGAUCCUGCUUGCGACCACUGCAGGUGCAGGUGGAAGGAGCCCUGGGGGACUGGACGCUGCCAUUGAUUCAUU